AUGCGCGAGAACCGGCCUCGCAAAGUCCCGGGGGCAGCAACGCAACGAACGACUUUUCAUCUGGCCGCUGUUUUCCCGUUUGUUUCGGCACGAGCGGCCUUGUCGACGUCCCUGCAGCACUCCCAGCGGCUUGAAUCUGCACAUUCACGUCGUUUUGCGUCGUCCUGGGGCUUUGCUGGAGCGGCCAGCGGUGUCUGGUGUCUAGGGCAGCAGGAAGGGCUGAAAGCGGUCGUUUUGGCUUUUGACCGCUCGUUGGUCGUUUUCGUUCGCCCCCACGACGCACGCUCGGUGUUGCAGGUGGAUGAUGCUAGGAGUGGUGUCGCCAAUCCCAGUGCGCAGUCCGGAGACUUGGAGAUGAGCAGCAUUGCCAGCAGAAAAUCCACCAUCCUCGACGUCCUUACCAAGGGUACUUCCAGCUUUGGUGAGCGCCACACCAAGACGCACACUCUGUGCAGGCGCUGCGACCGCCGCGCGUUCCACAUGCAGAAGCAGACGUGCGGUGCCUGCGGCUACCCCAGCCCCCGGCUGCGCAAGUUCCGCCGCAAGACCACCGGCACUGGCCGCAUGCGCUACCUCAAGGAUGUCUACCGUCGCUUCAAGAACGGCUUCCGUGAGGGCCAGGUCGCCAAGCCCAAGGUUGCCGCUCAAUAA